UUGAGAUUUCAUUCCAAGUCAUGAUUGGGAAGUUAGAUUUGGACUGUUUGGUAAUACUGACAGAUAAACCAGAAUUUUUCCCAUGACAACAUGAUGAUAAUAACCACAUGCAAGGUACAAAAACUAAGGCUAAAAUGGAAACAACCAAACAUUUUUCGACACUUGAAUUUUCAUUUUAUACUUUUUUGUGAUCCACAAGCGUUGCAUUCAUUGAUUACCCCUUCAACAACUAUCAACACCAAUGCUAUUUAUGUGACGGUAGCAGCUCCAAUUCUGUUGUUAAGUUGAUGGCUAUGAGUCAAUAUUGCUACUGAUACAUGACACUAAUGAUAAGGUGAAAAGUAAUUGAAUGUAAUUAUAUGUGUCAAUGUCAGUCAUAUAAUGGACACACUUUUGAUCUCAAGUGUGGGUGCUACGUAUAAAUCAAUUUUCACUCACCAUUCCAACACUCUCUUCUAGCUUCCUUUUCUAAAAAAAAUAACAUAACUCAUUUGGGCUAUUAGGCCAAAGACAAGAAAAAACUUAACUUUGAUAGCAAAAUGGGGAAGCUGGUUCUGAAAGUUGGAAGCAGACCACCAUGGGUGGGUCUAGCUGCUGCAGUUUGGAUCCAAAUAGCUGCUGGAAAUGCUUACAACUUCCCUCUAUAUUCUUCUGCUCUCAAAUCUGUGUUGGGUCUGAAUCAACAACAGGUAACUAUUCUUGGAGUGGCCAAUGAUGUUGGAGAGAAUUUGAGUUUGCUUCCUGGUAUUGUCUGCAACCAGUUCCCUCCUUGGGCUCUGCUUCUUGUUGGUUCUGUCCUCUGUUUUUUGGGUUAUGGACUUAUCUGGCUUGCUGUUACCCAAACUGUUUCCAACAUGCCCUAUGUGCUGCUAUGGCUAGCACUUUGUGUCGCCGCAAACAGCAGCGCAUGGUUCGGCACAGCCGUGCUGGUUACCAACAUGAGAAAUUUUCCUCUCAGUAGAGGCACCAUCUCAGGCAUUCUUAAAGGUUAUGUAGGGAUCAGUGCUUCAGUAUACACAUUAAUAUAUAGCAUACUACUGAAAAGUUCUGCUUCUGAGUUACUUUUGUUUCUAUCAAUUGGAGUUUCUAUUGUGUGCUUAAUUAUGAUGUAUUUCAUUAAGCCUUGUACUCCUCCUUCUGGUGAAGACACUUCAGUUCAUGUUCAUUUUAUUUUCACACAAGCUUCAAGUAUUUUACUUGCCACGUAUCUUGUUUUAACCACGAUAUUAAGCGACAUGGUUUUGAUUAAUGAUGCUGUUUCAUACAUCAUAGUUGUCAUAAUGAUUAUACUUAUGAUGACUCCACUUGCAAUUCCUUUGAAAAUGACUCUAUUUCCUGCCACUCAAAAAAACAAUGUUCUAUUGGACGGUUCCUCUGAUGUUGCAACACAAACAAGUCCAUUGAUCACGUCACCAUCAUCAUCUUCUUCAGCUGCAUAUCUUGGAAGUUUUCAUGAAAAUGAGGAUGUUUCUUCAGAUGUUGAGAUACUAAUUGCUGAAGGGGAAGGGGCAGUGAGGAAGAAAAGGAGACCAAAAAGAGGAGAUGAUUUUAAGUUCAAAGAAGCAUUAGUCAAGGCUGAUUUCUGGUUACUUUGGUUUGCUUAUUCUUUAGGGGUUGGUUCAGGAGUAACUGUUCUAAAUAAUUUGGCUCAAAUUGGAGUUGCAUUAGGUGUUGAAGAUGCAACCAUAUUGCUUGCAGUGUUCAGCUUUUGCAAUUUUAUGGGUCGUCUAGGUGCUGGUGCUGUCUCUGAACACUUUGUUAGGUUGAUAACACUACCUAGAACAUUUUGGAUGACAUGUACACAAGUAAUUAUGAUCAUAGCUUUUUUGCUUUAUGCUUCAGCUCUAGAUGGAACUCUUUAUGCUGCAACAGCUUUACUUGGGAUGUGCUAUGGAGUUCAAUACUCUAUAAUGGUUCCAACUGUUUCUGAACUUUUUGGUUUGAAGCACUUUGGUGUAAUUAGUAGCUUUAUGAUGCUAGGAAAUCCAAUUGGUGCCCUUCUUUUUUCUGUUUUUUUUGCUGGAAAUGUUUAUGAUACAGAAGCUGCAAAGCAAGGUAACUCCACAUGCUAUGGUGCAGAUUGCUUCAGAAUCACUUUUUUAGUUUUGGCUGGUGUCUGUGGACUUGGUACCAUUUUGAGUAUAAUUUUGACAGUUAGAAUAAGACCAGUAUAUCAAAUGCUAUAUGCUGGCGGUUCGUUUCGCCUGUCGCAUACUUCAAAUCAAUGAGUUUGGACAAAAUUAUCUGCUAGGUACAAAACUUACCAAAUUUCUGCAGCCACUAUUCAAUGCAUAUAGAGACUACUCUAAGCAUAUUUAUGGCCUUUAUGUGCUACUACUGAAAAAUUCUGAGCCUUAGGUGGUCCCUAUUUUGAUUGAUAUAAUCAUAUAAUGUUUGGCAAGGGACGGCACACAAAGCAAUAGUGAUUAGUCAUUGGCUGAAACUUUUGCCUCAACUUGAAAGCUUUGGUAUACAUUGAAUCUUGUAUAAAAGAAAAAAUAAAGGUUUUCUUUCGCCUCAUCAUUGGUUCCAGUUCUAUCAGUUAGCUUCUAAUCUAUUUUGUACGUGUAGAUACUCAUUGUUAAAAUAUGGAUGUUUAUAAUAUAAACAUUGAAGUGUGAAUGUAGAAUGGAUAUGUCAAUAUAUAAAUAAAUCAUUUAUUAUUAGGCUUGGCCA